GCCAACUUAUCGCGAGAUCACUCAACUAUGUAUUAUAAUGAUUUCGAAAUCUAAAAAAAAUUAAAAAUUAAAACACUUCUUUUGGUUAUCAGCAUAUAUAGACCUAUUUUUGUCAAGGUUUAAUCGUCAGAAGGCGACAUUUCGGGAUGAACGUUGAGGUGACAAGUUUGAAAGCCAAUAUGGAUAAUUUGUGGCAAUGUUUACAUGCCUUGUUAAAACGUAUUGAGCAGUUGGAAGGUACCGCCAAUUUGAAUAGAAAGCAACAUUAUGAUGCCAAUAACAGCCCAAAAAGAAUCAAUGGUACCUUUGAUGAACUCGUGUCACUAAAUGACAACAAAAAGAGAAAUGAUGAAGAUGCUGAUGUAAAGGUGGUCUGUAACGAAACGGUAACAGAAGAUCCGGAAACGGGUAUAAGAAAGCGUACAGUGGUAACGGAACGAGUAGUUACAACCAAAGCAUUCCAUGUCAUACCGAUCAAGGAUGAUCUGGAUCACUCAGUAACGACAGUUAAUGAAAGCGCAGUACUUCAUGAUGAUAAAUCAAAAAUGUCCUGUACAACGGAUUCAAUUCGUAAAAAUGGUGAAAUAUCAUCUCCCUUGUCAAUGGAAAUAUUAUCCACAACGACUGCAAGAACCAUACAACUUAGUUAUAAUCCAUUCCGUGAAAUUGACUACGAUCGAGUUGCCAAUUUGAUCAUUAUUACCCGAGUGAAGCCAGACUCCGUUGCCAAAGAUAUUCGUGCAGGCGAUGCGAUCGUUGAAAUCAAUGGGAUAUCUGUCACCCAGAUCAAGCGGUUAACGGAGCUGAAAGGUAGCAUAAUACUGAAAAUAAUGCCAGCACCUCUGCAUCAGGGGCCAUCAGUUUAUUACCGUGCAAUAUUGGAUUAUGAUGGUUCACAUGAUAGUCGUGUACCAACUAAUUUCAGUGUUCUGAAUUUGAAAAAAGGUGAUGUUAUCCAAGCGUUCAGCAUGGAUUCUAAUUGGAUUCAGGGGCGGAAAGUGAAUGAUUUAAACCAAUCAGGGCUGUGCCCAGUGAAUAUACUUGGUGAGCAGGUCUCAAUGCUUUCCCCUUAUGGUCGGCGAGUUUUGGUGUUAUUGGGUGUUCCAGGUGUUGGACGCAGAACUCUCAAAACGAUGCUUCUGACUCAUAUGCCUCAAUACUUUGCAACUGCCACUCCUUAUACUUCUCGUGUUCCAAAACCUAACGAAUUGGAAGGUCGCGAGUAUUAUUUCCGCACGAAGGAGGAAAUGUUAGAGAGAAUUCGGGCUGGUGAUAUGAUUGAAUGGGGAGAACUAGAUGAACAAUUUUACGGCACUAGUCUGGAAACAAUACGAAGCUGCAUUCGAAGCGGACGAGUUUGUUUGUUGGAUUGUGGACCGCAAGCUUUGCCACAUUUAUACAAUGCAGAAUUUAUGCCACUUGUUGUAUUGAUUUCUCCUCCGGAAAUUGACGAUUUUCGACAAAUAAAUAAGCUUCGACCGCGGCCUUACACCGAAGAGCAGAUGAAAGCUUAUAUUUUGGAAAAUAAGAAACUGAUGGAGAGCAGUUAUGCCAAAAUGUUUCAUAUUGUUUUGGUGAAUAGGAACUUAGACGUCACUUUCAAAAGGCUGAUGGAGACUUUGAGUGAACUGAGAGAUGAAGUGCAAUGGGUGCCAGAAGCUUGGCUGCAUCGAAGAUGAACGGUUUUUUUCUUUUGAAUAAAUUGAGUUUAAACCCCUUUUUUGAUUUCGCAUUUCAUUUUGUAAGUCAAAGGAUACAUUCCCAGUGAAUUUUCGGAUUAUUUUUCGAUUGCUGAGAUAUUUUAUAUAGUGCGAAUUGUUCCAGUUUCUAAUUCAUGAGAUGGGACGUUAAUGUUUUAAACCGGCAA